UCAGUGAGCUGAUUUGGACCUGGCGCGGAGGCACGAUGAUGAAACGGGUGGCCUGUGCUGCAAUCGGAGGAACUGUGGCUGUGGCUGCGGUGCCCGUGGUGCUCAGCACUGUUGGCUUCACCGGGGCCGGAAUCGCGGCCUCCUCCCUUGCUGCCAAGAUGAUGUCCACAGCAGCCAUCGCCAAUGGGGGCGGAGUUGCAGCGGGCAGCCUGGUGGCUACUCUACAGUCAGUGGGGGCAGCUGGACUCUCCAUGUCUUCCAACAUUCUGCUGGGCUCUGUGGGCUCAGCUCUUGGGGCCUGGCUGGGGGGUUCAAAAAAGAAACCCCCUCCCCCUCCACCAGAUGAACCCAAGACUGAAGAAGGGGACUCGGAUGAAGACGGGGACCAGGAUGAAUAAUAGGACCUGGCUGAGGAAGGGGACCUGUCAAGGAGAAAAUACCCCAAGUUGAACCUCCAAAACCCCCACACGCGUCAGAGAAAUAUGAGAAAUAAAACUC